GAUGACCAAGCAUUACUCGAAUUGAGCCGAGCGAAAUUAUCACACUUUCCGAAUUCCUAUAAAUAAACCCCCCUGAGUCGGGAACAUUCAGUCUGAUUAAAUCGGUCGCUCCAGAAGGUAGAUAGCUGCAGCUCAUUAAAUCCCACUAUCAACAUGCCGGAAUACAAGCUCUCUUAUUUCAAUGUCAAGGCGCUGGGAGAGCCCCUGCGGUUACUGAUGUCGUACGGAAAUUUGCCUUUCGAAGACAUCAGAAUUGAAUUCGAAGACUGGCCAACUGUUAAACCAACAACGCCCAUGGGUCAGAUGCCGGUACUGUCGGUGGACGGCAAACAAGUGCACCAGUCGCUGGCCAUGGCCCGCUAUUUGGCCAAUCAGGUCGGCCUAGCAGGAGCCAACGAUUGGGAAAAUCUCACUAUUGACAUCGUCGUCGACACCAUCAACGAUUUCCGUCUAAAAAUUGUCGCUGCAUACUAUGAUCCCGAUGAAAAUGGAAAGGAGAAGAAGUUCGCCAUUAUAAAGAAAGAAGUCAUUCCAUUUUACUUGGAAAAAUUGGAAGAAAUCGCCCGCGAUAACAACGGUUACUUGGCUAACGGCAAACUCACUUGGGCUGACUUGUACUUUGUUGGCCUUUUGGAUUACCUGAACCAUCUAGCCAACACUGACCUCAUCGUCGACCAACCGAACCUGCAGAAGGUUGUCAAGAACGUAACGAGCAUCGAAUCGAUCAAGAAUUGGAUCGAUAAACGACCACAAACUGAUAUGUAAUGGAAAUAAAAAAUCCACUACACAUACUGACACACCAGCACUAUGGAUCGGGAAAAUCAAGUUUAGAAUAUGGCUUACUGCUAAUUAGAGAAGAUGCAUACCGAUUUGGUUUGCCUACGGUUUUGAGAACGAAUGAACUUGAGGAAAGAUCUUUGUUCGUCACGCUAUAAAACGUGUGAAUUUCAUACCUACCUCAUUGUAGUCAACGGAUUUGUGUAUACAGGUGAAAUGAAACAAAUGUAUUUACCAAUUAAGUUGAUUAAAUAAACAUUAAAUAAAAGCUAAUUAAAACUUACUAAAAUAUAAGGCA